AUGCACGGCGAGGAUGACGUGACGGAGCCGGUGCGGUUUCUGCUGUGUCAGUUGGUGGGCCUGGCGUCUGCCCUGCUGUUCCGGCGGUAUCUGCGGCCGGCGGUGGCUGGUGCCGCGGCCCGCCAUCUCGCGCUCACUGCGCUCGGCGUCCUCCUGCUGCACGUCUGCUAUGGCGAGCAAGCGAGACACUUGCUGGCGCAGGCGGCGCUCACGUUCGCCGCCAUCCGACUGGCGCCGGCGCACUCCGUACACAUCGUGUGCCUCCUCGUGGCCAUGGCGUACCUGAGUCUGAUCCACAUUCAGCAGCUGGUCACGCCUCGACGAGAUGUCCACAUAUCAGGUCCGGUCAUGGUCAGCACCAUGAAAGUCACGCUGUUGGCUUUCAACAUUCACGACGGCAGUCCCUUCUGUAAACUGGAUCUGGAGGCCAAGCCGGAGCUGCGGCGGCUGGCCAUCCGGAGACUGCCAUCGCUGGUGGAAUUUCUGGGCUUCUUUUUCAAUUUCCCGACCCUCUUUGCGGGACCGAUGCUUGAUUUUCGAACAUAUCUAGACUUCAUAGAGCAAGGCCCCUGCUCAGUGCAGAUCCCAGCGCAGUCCACUGGCGGCGCUCCGAGGCUAAUGACCCCUGACCCCGUGCCUGCGGUCACGAGAAAGAUGGCGGCCGCGGUCUUCUUCGCACUGUGCAUAGCGAUUCUGGUGCCCCGGUUUCCCCUCUCGUUCAUUGGAGCCGAGGAGUACCAGCGCUGGUGGUGGCCGCUGCGCUGGGGGUAUGUGUUGCUGGUCUGCGCGCUGGUCCGCUCCAAAUACUACACUGUCUGGCUGAUGGCGGACGCCAACUGUAACGCCUCCGGCCUUGGUUUCAAUGGCCUGACGCUGGAAGGUCGCCAACGCUGGAACGCCGUCUCCAACGUCUUCGUCAGCAAGGUGGAGUGGGGCGUCAACUUCCGCGAGGUGCUGGAGGGAUGGAACGUGCACACGCACCGGUGGCUGCGGCUGGUGGUGUACGAGCGGACGCGCCGCCACCGCACGGCGCUGGUGUACGCUCUGAGCGCCGUCUGGCACGGCUUCCACCCCGUCUACUACCUGACGUUCGCCACGGGCGCCCUCUGCACGCAGGCGGGCCGCACGGCCCACCGCUGCCUGUGGCCCCGGGUACAGCACGUGCCCUGGCUGUGCCCUUGGUACGAGCUGGCUGGUCGUCUAGCCACCCACCUCUGCGUCGUCUACAUCGAGCUGCCGUUCGCCCUGCUGGAUCUGCGCAUGGCCCUGGUCGUCUACCGGAGUUUUUACUUCGUUGUUCACAUCGCCUGCGUAGUCAUGAUUCUGCUGGUGCCGAAGCUGUUCCCCCCUCUUCGGAAGCCAGUGCCAGUCGAUCUGACAUCAGAUGCCGCUGCUCACUGUGAAACCGCCACCGGAUGGCCAACCAAUGGUGGCAACGCUGUCGACCCCCAAGCUAAUGGCAGCGCGAGCCUGCGUUUGCGUGUGAAUGGUGAGGUGUCCACGAACAUAUUCGCCAAUCAAAGCCUUUCGGCUGACGUCGCAGCCAGUCACUACUUCAGUACAGACGCUUCGUCCAAUCGCUGUUCGGGGAGGGACUUCACCAGAGGAGAGCGUGAGCUCGGCGGGCGGGAGCCGGCUGGCGGGAUCACGCGGCGGCUCUAAACACUCCGCCAGAACUCGGUGCGUCCCUCCGCUGGGUUUGGCACGUCCCUCCGCUGGUCUCGGCACGUCCCUCCGCUGGGGUUGGCACGUCAUUCCGCUGGGUUCAGCUCGUCCCUCCGCUGGAUUUGACACACCCUCAGCUGAGUUUCGUGGGUCCCGCUCUUGGGCCCCGAGGAUACGCGUUGCCGGGUCCCAAACGGGUCUCUCAGUUGGGUCUCGUGGAAGCCUUAGGUUGCAUUCCGAGGUUGGGUGGGCGGUUAGUCUUGGGGCGUCAUUCUGGUGGGUUUCGAAGAGGUCUCUGCUCUGAGUCUGGGAGGACCUCUGCUCUGAGUCUGGGAGGUCCAUGCUCUGAGUCUGGGAGGACCUCUGAUCUGAGUCUGGGAGGUCCGUGCUCUGAGUCUGGGAGGACCUAUGCUCUGAGUCUGGGAGGACCUCUGCUCUGAGUCUGGGAGGACCUCUGCUCUGAGUCUGGGAGGACCUCUGCUCUGAGUCUGGGAGGACCUCUGCUCUGAGUCUGGGAGGACCUCUGCUCUGAGUCUGGGAGGACCUAUGCCACGCCUCGGGAGACCUGAGCUGGUUUUGUAGGAGUUGCUUUGCUGGGCCUCUGGGGUUCUUCUGCCUGGUCUCCGGGGUGCUGCUUUGCCCGGUCGCGUGAAGACCGUAACUGAUGCCACAGAAUCCUCUGUUCAGUCCGGUUAGACUGGGUAUGAUCUGUCGGUAAGCCACGUACGCGAGAGCUGAGCUUGCGGUCAUGUAACAACGCGUCAUGUGACGAGGCACCGAAGCGCUGGUCUCAAAGCGUAACGCAUCGGUACAAAACCAUGACGACCUUGAUAGAGGCGGCGCGCAUGGUGUGUGAUGAUGGUAGAUGCUAGAUGCCCAUUAAGUUCGGGAAAUACUGUUGAUCUGUCGACGUCGGUGCCAGCGUUGAAGGACCGUCAGCUUUACACUGGAGGAUCCUGACGUGCUCGCGAGCGAGCUGGACGCCGCUGGUGAUUGGUCGAUUGAAGUUUCGUGAGUCUUGGCUGGUUUUAAAGGGCCAGGGUCCGUCCUGUAGUCUGGGUGCAAGAAGCGAGCAGUUGGCUGUGUGUGGUGGAGCCCUCAGUGUACCCAGCGGUAUGCCCUUGAUCAGUAAACCUGUUGGAAGCAAUUUGCCGAUUCCUGUGUAAUAAUGUGUUGUUGUUCAGAACCCAUGCAUGGCACCAGCUUUAGUAUGGAACUGAUCUGCCUGUUAAUGAGAUAGCAGUGUCUACAGCUUUGCUGCGUUAUUCAGAGUUGGCGUAGAUUGUCUGCGCUGACGCGCUUAAUCGAUCACUUUUUCACAAAAGAUGCCCACCGGCAUGCUUUAAGUUGUUACGCAUACGCGUUGUGUUUGUGCUCUGCCAUCAUGUGAUUUGCCAAGUUUGAGCCUGCAGGAUCUUCGCCGUUUUCGAACGCUGUGAUGGAAUGGGCUACCUGUGUUGCAUGAAUUACACUGUCUGAUAAGGUGUUGUGUGUUGUUGCAUUUUUUCACUUACUGGAUCGUUCCUCUUCACAUGUGUAUGCAAGUGUGUUGCUUGAGGGGCAAAGCCAAGACACCGGAUUCAGCUGGACAUAUAUUUGGACAUAUUCCGGAUGUGCGCCAUAGGCAGACUAGUAUAUCACCUACGACGAGACAAUAUUUACCGCUGAUAAAGUCCCGUUAAACAGUCUUGUAGACUAGCUUGCAUCAAAGCUUUGUGCCAUUGCUCUAUAAAAUGUCGGCGCAAAACAUGCUGUCGUGUCCCAUGUCUUGCUGUUUAGUUCCGUUUGUUGUAAAAAUGCACGAUGCCAUGACACAAGAAUCAGUACGGAUAAGGACAAACAGAUUCGUAGAAACCACAGAUAAAGGCCGUGUGGACAGCUGCGUCUGCUCGUUGUCGUCGCUGCGUCACGUCCCUAUAAAAUGUCGGCGCUGAGCAUGCUCCUAUGCUCCGUUUCCUGCCGUUUAGUUGGUAUUGUCAAAGUACGUGAAAUGUCAGCACAAAAAUGAGAUGUACAUUGGUGUUAUUUUUGUACACAUGUGGAAAUGCAUAGCUCUGCCGUGUCUGUGUGAGGUGACGAUAUACAGCCGAGCUGUUUUGAAAACAGAUGUUUGUAGCUUCAAGAACCACGAUCCAAUCAGUGCCGCAUGAGUCGGGUGGUUGGCAAUUGUUUCCUGGGGGCAGAACGGAACCGUGAGAAAAAUGUUUAGAUGCUGCGGAGACCCGAACCAUUGCUCCCGCCGACUGCGCUAUGUUCCCUUCUGCUUGAGAAGGUCCAGCUGAAAUGCAGACGUUGAAGGGGUGGGCCCCCAACUGCCACGCACCAUCACAGUACGCGCUCCUGGCGCUUGUGGCUGCGUGUUGAAGAUAGCGUUCGGAAGGUAGCUAAUGGCUCUGAAGGGAAACCGUUUUUAAACCUGACUGAAACACAAUGCUGUAGCACACAGCCAUCCUGGUCGACGGCACCGUACCUGCCGGCCAUCACGUGCCUGGUAUGUAGGUGCU